AACAGAAUCCUGAAGCCCAAAAACACUCGACCCAAUCGGUUACAUGUUUGUUUACUCUUUAGGAGUCUCAGAUAUUUGCUCUAAAUCCACGUCAAUAGUGAUGUAACAUAAAAAUACUGUGGAUCUCUUCUUUGUUAUUGUGUAAGGUUAGCUCAUACUCUAAAACGGAUAUCCUUAUUUCACCCCCUCCACCCACCACUCGACAAUGUUAUAUCUAACUCGUAUUUAUUCCCCACCCUGCAAAUAAAUCAUGGUUGGAAAUUUUUUCCCUAAUUCCCAAAACAUUGGAUGAAAUGCCAUUAAGAGAACGGAAUUUGCAAUUAAUACACUGUUCCUGGUUAAUGUUCUGUGUUGCUAACUUUAUCCAGUAUCCUUGCCUAGUCUGUUAUCUGUUAACAUUCCUUAAAUCUACUAAAUCAGUGAGGGAUAAUCCAUUAAUAUGUUUUAAUGCACAUGAUCAUUUGAUUCUGAUAUGCUGAUAAUAAUAUACAAUCCCAUUCUUUAAACCAACAAUUCUUUUACUUUGCAGCCACAAUGUUGAAAAAAAAAUCCCUUAAAAUUGUCAAAUUUUCACAAACAAGUGCUCCUUUCACAGAAUUUAAAUUUAUAAAUGCAGUGUUCUCCUCACAGACAUUUUAUAUAAACACAGAUCAUUAUUAUUGGAAAACUGGUUUGCCUGUGGACUUUAUCUGGUUGAUCAGAUCCUCAAUUCUCCUGGUAAAUUAAUGUAAUCCCUGAACUUCUAGAGAACUCUGGUAUUCCUCGAGCACAACUUUAUUGUGGUUAGCAUUUGUAUCAUUAGCCUCUGCUUAUUCACACACGCACAAAGACUUUUUAAACCUUUUCACAUCAUACAUUAACAAGGGCUAGCUUCAAACUCUCAUCACUGUGUGUGGUUUUGUUUACUGUUCCGCAUUUCUCACUUUAGAAAACAGUUUCAUAGCUCAUUUUCAAUAUUAUUAGCAUCUCCCGCCAUAUAUACCUUACUAUAGACUCACUCAUCUCCAUUUUAAGGCGUUUACAUGUUAUAUUACUUUCAUAUUUCAUUUUGAUCAUGAUUUCUGAGCAGCUUGCCUGAAGGAACAGUAACAAAAACACAUAUCAGUCCUCAGCGUCUGUGCUGCUCUGCAUUACUCAUACUGUCUGAUGUCUCACUCUACUAGUGACUGGCGUCAGUUGCUGACCAGGUGCUCCAACCAUGUAUUCCAUCCAUCCAUCAUCUGUAGCAGCUUAUCCUGUUCUACAGGGUCGCAGGCAAGCUGGAGCCUAUCCCAGCUGACUAUGGGUGAGAGGCGGGGUUCACCCUGGACAAGUCGCCAGGUCAUCACAGGGCUGAUACAGAGACACACAACCAUUCACACUCACAUUCACACCUGCGGUGAAUUUAGAGCCACCAAUUAUCCUGACCUGCAUGUCUUUGGACUGUGGGGGAAACCGGAGCACCCGGAGGAAACCCACGCAGACACAGGGAGAACAUGCAGACUCCACAGAGAAAGGCCCCUGGGCUCGAACCCAGGACCUUCUUGCUGUGAGGCGACAGUGCUAACCACUACACCACUGUGCCCCCCCCCCAACCAUGUCAAGUUUAUUUCUAUAGCGCUUUCAACGAUAGACAUUGUCGCAAAGCAGCUUUACAGAAUUUUAAUGACGUUAAACAUGAGCUAAUUUUAUCCCCAAUGAUGAAGCCUGUGGCGACGGUGGCAAGGAAAAACUCCCUCAGACGACAUGAGGAAGAAACCUCGAGAGGAACCAGACUCAAAAGGGAACCCAUCUUCCUUUGGGUGAUAACCGACAACGUGAUUAUAACAUUUUUAACAUUGUCAGUUUCAUUGAUGUUAUAAACUCUUCACUGAUGGAAACUUGAAUGCAAAACUGUUCAUAACAACCGCAGUCCUAAAGUUAGCAAGUCAACUGUAGUCCUCAGCCAUAAAAGCAUAACUGUAAGAGUCCAGAGCAUCAUGUAAAACAUAACCAGACCUGCCAGGAAAAUGAACGAAAUCACACAGAAAAUAUCAAUACAGUAAUUUUAACAUGCUUUAAGUCCUUAGCUACUUUUAAUUAGUCCAAGUUUUAAAUGGAGGGGAGGGGGAGAGAUAUUUUAAUCAAGUCUUUUUAAUGUUAAUGUCUCUGGAAAACACUUUUAAUGUCUUUGAAAACACACAGUGAAAAGUUCUUUCUUACGAUAAAGUAUUGUUAGGCUGUUUUACUUUCUCUUCUACCAAGACAAAUCAACAGUGUAUCAUCAAUCUGAUUUUAUUGCUUGUAAAACCGCAUUCAUUAAUAAAUAUUUUUUUUCACGGUCCAAAUCCUGCGCUCUGAUUGGCUGGCGAGCGGGUCUGUAUCCUACGGUACGGCCCCCAGUUACAGACCCCGGUUACGGACCCCUGGCAACUCGCUCGUUCACAACAACAACAAACAUAGUAGAAUUUUUUUGUCAACAUUUAUCUUUUUUUAACAAGAUUUAUUUAUAAGAUUAUCAAAAAUCUUAUACAUUUUUGCCAGCAUUUCUCAGGAGAAUAGCAUUAAUUUUACAGCAUGGAUAGCGAUAACGACAGUGUUCACAGCGAAAGCGAGUUUUACUACCCUCAGGAAGAAGAAAUAAAAGAAACCAUUUCAGGAGAAAGCUAAAAACCUGGAACUUGCUAACGCUGAGCAAAAACAUGGCUGAAUCCUAAAUUACUCCUAUUUGUAUAAAUAGGGGACUACGUAGGCAGCAAAAUGUUUUUUCCCUGCCAUGGAAGUGCACAUGUAUACCGAGGAGGAAGCUGUGAAUGAGGAUUCAAAAUAGCAUUAAUUUUACAGCAUGGAUAGCGAUAACGACAGUGUUCACAGCGAAAGUGAGUUUUACUACCCUGAGGAAGACAAAAUUAAAGAAAACAUUUCAGGAGAAAGCUAAAACCUGUAACUUGCUAACGCCGAGCAAAACCAUGGCUGAAUCCUGAAUGACUCCUAUUUGUAUAAAUAGGGGACUACAUAGGUGGCAAAAUGUAGUUUUUUUCCUGCCAUGGAAGUGCACUUGUAUACCGAGGAGGAAGCGAUUUGCAUUACAGCCGUGAAUGAGGAUUCAAAAUGGCGGCUCGGCUUGGUUUUCCCUUUCGGGCGCUCUCGUUUUCUGUUAGAAUUUGGUAAAGAAAAAAAAUAAAUAUAUUAUUUACCAGCUUAAGGUCGGUCUGUAUGGUGAAAUACUGUGACCUCGGCCUUGAAUACUGACCUCGGCCCAGAGCGCCUCGCUCAGUACUUUCAACACCUCGGUCACGGUAUUUCACCAUACGGACCUCCCAGCUGGGAAAUAACAUAUAUAUCUUUAUAUAUUCAUAAAUAAAAAGUUCUCCACACAUAAAACCUCCUUUAAUUUUUGAAAACGAACUCAAACAGUGCAUUAAUCCUACACACUAAAGUAGGAAAGCUACUAAACCUUGGGUUUCUGUACCCUGUGUGAAAUUUCUGUCAGUCCUCUGAUCCCCUGGUGCUAUCUAUUCCUCCUGCCUUACCGUUUGUUCAUAAAAGUGAGGGAUAAAUUACAUAAUCGUGACUAAAAUGUACUUUAUGUGGUGUUGUGGAAAGGAGAGUGUUCUGAAGAAACGUUUCAGUCGCUAAUUCACUGUUAAUACGAAAGUCUUGCAUUCCACAGGAUUUUUCCCCCUGCGAUUUGGAACACAUCCAAAAUGGCGGCCAGGAUGCUACACACUACCUAGGCGUUCUGGUUGAAGCGCAAGCCCGCAGACUCCGCCCACUCACCUACGGGUAGCACGAAGGCCAAAUGUGCUCAGUGUAAACAUUGUCUGUUUCCCGAUUUGCGAAUGUUCUUUUUUGUGUAGUGGUAUUGAAGCUUAGUUUACAGUAUCGUGGGAAACAUUUUCUUCAGAUUUCCUUAUUAACGGUAGUAAAUGUUCUGGAUUUGAGCUCACACUGCAUUAUACACUGCAGAUAUAAUUUAAUGGCGUCGUUGGCUCUGUGGCGACCCGCACAUCGCUCCUGUGUGCUUCAGUUAAUAACCUGUUUAAAGUCACAGCAGCUUCUGUGUGGAAACCUCAAAAGUUUUGGCACAAAGCCGGAGCGAGAUCAGCCGGUUCCCAAGAUUUACACUAAAACAGGAGAUAAAGGAUUUUCCAGCACUUUCACAGGAGAGAGGCGGCCGAAAGAGGAUCGUAUCUUUGAAGCUUUGGGGACGACAGACGAGCUCUCAUCUGCCAUCGGUCUAGCUCGAGAGUUCUGCCUCGAGAAAGGACAUGACUUCACCGAUCAGCUAGACAAGAUCCAGUGUGUUCUGCAGGAUGUCGGCUCGAACAUGGCCACUCCUCGUUCAUCAGCGCGUGAGAGCCAUAUAAAGAAGACCCAGUUCAGCAGUGAGCCUGUGACAGAGCUGGAGAGCUGGAUUGAUUCCUACACAGAUGAACUUCCUCCUCUUACACAUUUCAUACUGCCUUCUGGGGGGAAAAGCAGCGCCGCCCUGCAUGUGGCCAGAGCUGUGUGUCGCCGGGCCGAGCGCUGCGUGGCUCCAAUAGUGCGUUCAGGUGAAGCCGAUCCUGACAUCAGCAAAUAUCUCAACAGGUUGAGUGAUUAUCUGUUCAUGCUGGCCAGAUACACAGCUAUGAAAGAAGGAAACAUGGAGAGGAUCUACAGGAGACCUGAAUUAACUUCCACAUCAAAUCACAAAUAAACUUUAUUUUAAUAAAAUAGUGAAAUUCCCUCUG